AAAUUUCAAUUCAUUUUACGCUUUUUAGAGAAAUGCUGAAGUAUUGGUCUUCUAUUAUAACGUGUUCUUGAUGCCGGUGCCAAACAAUUCGCCUGUUUUACUUGGGUCUCAGUGUCGUGCUACUAAACUAAGCAAAAAGAAAUUCCUCCGUUUUAAAGCUAACCGAGUUUGGAAGUGGGAAGUUUUCCAAAACCGAAAACAAAAUUUUCAGAAGCCAAAGGUCAAAGACGAAAGAUGCAGAGGCUUCUUUCUCUGAAACAAGCUUCAUCAUCAGCCUUCACCAGUUCCUGUUCAUCACUUCUCCAUUCGCUUCCGUACAAAACCUUCUCUUCCGUCGCCAACCCAACCCCCCAAAACCACUUUAUAAGUUCUGCAUUCUCGAACCAAUGGCGAUCAAAGCCUUGUUUUACUGGGGAAACUCAGGGGUUUCUCUCAUACCCAAAUUUUCCAAAGCGUUUUUGGUUUUAUUUCUCAAAUACCCAUCAGAAGGUUUCAAGCAAAAGUCUUUUGGGUUGCAGAGUUCGGUUUUUCAGACCUCAUAUUCCCAAAAGCAGAUUUGGUUUUGGUCCGAAUCGUGGUCUUCUGAAGAGCCGUUGGAGAUUAUGGUUCCAAAGGUUUUCAGCAAGUGACAUGGUUUUGGGCCUGGUUUUAACUAAUGUUGCAGUUUUUUUAUUAUGGCGGAUUGCAGAUAGACGAUUUAUGAUGGAUAACUUUAUGGUUUCAUUGGACAAUUUUAAAAGUGGACGCUUGCAUACACUGAUCACUUCAGCUUUCAGUCAUAUUGAUAUUGAGCACAUUGUGUCUAACAUGAUUGGACUUUAUUUCUUUGGAUAUAAUAUUGGAAGAAUCUUUGGACCUGAAUAUUUGCUGAGGUUGUAUCUAGCUGGGGCAAUGGGUGGUUCAGUGUUUUACUUGGUGCACCAUGCAUUUUUGGCUAAGGGACAAGCAACAUGGAUGAUGGACCCUUCAAGGACUCCAGGAUUGGGGGCAAGUGGAGCUGUUAAUGCUAUAAUGCUGCUUGAUAUAUUUCUGAACCCAAAAGCUACUCUUUAUUUUGAUUUCAUCAUACCAGUGCCUGCCAUGUUACUGGGCAUAUUUCUAAUUGGGAAAGAUAUAUUGAGGAUAAUAGAGGGAAAUAGUCAUAUAUCAGGAUCAGCUCACUUGGGAGGUGCUGCAGUUGCGGCAAUAGCAUGGGCUCGACUUAGAAGGGGACGCUUCUGAAUUAAAUAAUAGACCUGCUAGCUGACAUUUACUUGCUCUUGUAUGUUGCUUUGCCACAUGUUUCAUUUUAGUUGCUUUCUUUGUGUGUACCAAUUACAGACGGUGAAAUGACUAAAAUAUUCAUUUUUAUAA